UGAUUGUCAAAGUCAUCAGAAUAGUUUUUUGCAGCUGAAGCAAUAGAAAUUGGUGCCGGAAAAUCUUGGAUAGGAAGGUAUAUUCAAUUAAAAUUGUUAAAAAAGGCUGCAAGAAUGAUUAACGAACUGCAAUAUGAAUAAAUAAUUAAGUAUUUUGUCUGUGCAAACAAAAUAAAAAAAACACAUUUUUAAAACUACAAACAUAAGAAAACUAAGUGGAUUCCAAGGGUAAAUAAAAUCUAAAUAGGAAAAAAGUGAAAAGUUGCACAAAUAUGAAGGAAACAAAACUUGUUUUAAUGCUGGCCCAAUCAUUUAUAGGUACUGGCUUCUUUUUUCUGUACGUUCAUCAUGUAAGAUGUCUAUUUGAAAGUCGCACUAAUGUGGCUCACUUGACACAAUUGGAACGUGAAUCGUUAUUUCGGCGUGAAGAUGCUUUAUACUAUAGUUUCUAUAAAACAUUAACAGACGCCCCCGACUUUUGGUCUGGCAUAGAUCAAUUGUCUAAUCUAACCACCAUAGAAUAUCCACACAGUGUUAAUGUCUUGAGUAGAUUUCAUGUAUUACCAGAGAUAACAAUAGGAUUCUUUUAUCAUGUUCUACGCUCCCAUAGCAAAUUGGGUCUUUUCUCUUUGCUUAGCUGCUGGCGUUCCGAUGAUAUACGUUUGACCCUAGACUAUGGCCGUUGUGAGGGACAAAAUUUGCAAUUCUAUUUGGAGUGUGUUUGGAUGUUGGGUGGUGUUACCAUUUUAACUAUUUAUAUGUAUGGUCUGCUAUUAAGUCGUAAUAUAUUUGGUGGCAUUUAUGCAGUGGCUUCGUAUAUUAUGUUUCAUAGUUUCGCCUCGAAAAUCUACGAAAGGCCAAUGGCACGUGAAAAUUUUGCAUUUCCAGCCAUAUAUUUGCAAAUGUUUUACUUGUGCGUUUGCAUUAAUCGUGUUUCGGAGAAGAAAACUCUUACUAUGUCCAUAGUGCCGACCUUAAAACUUACCUAUUUCACAACCAUGGCUCUAUUGUGUUGGCAAUUUUCUGCCAUAAUAUUCGCCAGUCAAAUUCUUAUACUUAUGCUACCAUGGUCUAUAAGUUCGGUACCCAAUCGUGUGGUUGGAAUGUUUACAGUUGAUUAUGUCUCGUCACAACUAAUGGCAAAUUGGAUAGCUUAUUAUUACUCUCAAGGAAACCGUCGUUAUUUCUUUGGUUGGCAGCUAGGUCCACUAAUCGGUCUGUCAUUAAUAACAGCAAUACGUUUGUAUAAACAAACACCCGCAGCAUCAACAAAUAGUACAUCAUCAACUAGCGCUACACAACAAAAGGAGACAGAAUCUAGUAUAACUGAAAAUACAGCAGAAUUUUUGUUCAAAACCAUACCUCUGGGAGUGUUACUUUCAAUUUGUUCGCAAAGUACCAUCAAUGAUCUGCUUGAAUUAUCCGGCUUAGCUAAACCGAUAGAAAAUACAUAUGCUCUCUACCGGGAUCUUAUCAUACAUUGGGGUUUACAGGCUAAAGUUAACUUUGUUACCAGUUUAUCGGCCUGUAAUCCCGAUUACGCACGCAUGGAGUUGUCUGAACUUUGGGGCUUUAUAAAGAAUUUAGUGGUUAAACCUUAUUGCCUAUAUGGUGUUGUUAUAAUGGCAAAAUUCUUUCGUAAAUGGCGUAAAACUACUGAACCCAAAGAACCAAAUUCUGAAGUGGUUGAACGAGCUAAAAAUUAUAUUUUAGAAGAUUUUCUCGAAGAGCAUCACGUCAGUAUGUCGGAUAUGACAAAAAAAGAAACCGAAGCCAUGUUUAAUGAAUGCAUGGAACUAUUUGCUAAAUGUGACUAUGAUUAUGAUCGUUAUAAAAAAGAAAAAUUGAAAUUGAAAAAAGAAAACCCCGAUGAACAUUUGAAAUUUAUGAAUGACAUUAAAAAACUAAAAGAACAAAUUAAUGAAAUACGCGAACACAAAGAUAAAAAGUCAACGCAAAAUAAAGAAAAUCAAACUCAAAAUGAAAAUGAAAAGAAAGAUGAAGAUAAAGAGAAAGAUGAUGAACAAACUGAUAAUGAUCACUCAAAUGAACAAGACAAAGAUUCUUCUUCAUCAUCAUCAGCAUCUGAUAGAACAAAUAAACCGUCCAUAAAUGGUAAAAAAUCAUCUUCCGAAAACACAUCAUCAUCCUCCUCAUCACAACAGAAGCCUACUGGUAAGAAAACAACCGAUCUCAAUGGCACUGAAAGUGAUGCUGAUAUAGAUGACGAUGAUAAUACCUGCAAUUAUCGUAGUUUUCACUAUUUAUACAGUUUUCUACAAAUGGCUGUAUUCGCUUUUAUAGGCCUCAGUAUUAGAAAAUUAUUUUUCUUAUGUUUUACACAAGGUUGUGUUCUUGGUUCUACAAUAUGUUCCUCAUUUAUGUCUAAGAAAAAUCGUCGCAUUUUUUGGACUGCCUAUUUGUCAGUGUUUUUAACGAGUAUUAUUAAUCCGGGAAUAAGGAAUAUCCAAGAAGAGUAUUUUCCAUCUAACGAACUUAAAUUGGGACAUGAUGAUUUAGACACCAUGUUGGAAUGGAUUAAAAUGAAUACCGAAAGAGAUGCAGUAUUUGCCGGACCUAUUGAUAUAAUUGGCACUGUUCACCUAUCAACCAGGAGGCCAAUAGUUAAUCAUGCUCAUUUAGAAAUGAGACAAAUAAGUGAACGAACUGAACAUGUUUAUAGUAUAUUUAGUCGUCAACAAUCAUCAGAUAUUUACAAUCAAUGUUCUCAAUUAAAAAUACAAUAUUUAAUUGUGACAUUAAGUGACUGUAACAAUGAAACUAGAGAUGAAUGUGAUUUAUUAACAAUAUGGGAUGAUAUGCAACCAGCAUAUCGUAAAUAUCCACAAUUUUGUUCAGAAUUAGCAGUUAAGAAUAUACCGAGCUUUUUAAAAGUAUUUACCAGCGAUUAUUAUGCUAUUAUUAAAAUGUUUUCGCAAAGUGUACAAAUUAAUUUGAAAUUUAAUAAAAUGCCUGAAAAACAAAUGUGAGUGAAACUAUUAUAAAAAUACAAAAACAAAAAAAAAAUAUAUAUAUUAAUAUAUAAAAGAAUGUUUUUAUUAAAAUGGUUGAAAAUUUAUAAAAUUCUAAAAAACACAUAAAAUACAAUAUAAUUAUUAUCAAAAAAAGUCAAUUGCUUGCAAAACACUUUAAAGCUUCUUUGAGCAUCAAAUGAAAAAAAUGAAAAUAAAACACAAAUAAAAAGGAAUACAAUACAAUAAAUGCAAUUAUUUUAUA